GCAAGGCUGUAGUGUAGACACCGACAUAAUUAGGUUGAUGUAAGCUGCCUUACAUUGACCUAAUUCUGUAGUAUUGAUCAAACCUGAGACUGCAGCUUGUGUCCACACUAGUCUGGAAAUUGCCAACCUUAGCUCUUGUAUAGACUGGCCACAUGGUCUUUUAACUCUCCUCUUGUCCAUAGCUGCACAGAGGCCUGCUCUACACUACAAAGUUAGGUCGACACAAGGCAUCUUACGUCAACCUAGUUGUACAUGUACACUUAAAUUGGUCUCCCACCCAUGUAAGUGCCCCUUUACUCCAACAUAGUAACACCAUCUCCCCAAGCAGCAUAAAGCCACAAUCAACGUACUUAGGUGGAUGCAAUGCAAGCAUAGACACUGCAUUAUUUAUUUUGACCCUAACUGUCCUCUACAGCUGUCCCACAGUGCCUCUCAUGAACUGCUCUGGUCAUCAAUGUGAAUUCCAUUGCUCAGGGGUCAUGGAGACCAGAAUUACCCCUGCCUCUUUAAAGCCCCACAAAUUUUUGAAACUCCUUUUUUCCUGAUUGCCCAGCUUGGCAAGCACACCUAGCAGCUCUCCAUUGUUGAGUGCAACUGCCCAGCUGAUCAUGCUGGCUACACGCUCUAGUCACACUCAUGUCUGGAGUAGACAUGCAAUAUUGGAUUUUCUGGGCCUGUGGGGAGAGGAGGCUAUGAAGUCACAGCUCCAAACCAACAACGUCUAUGAGCGGAUUGUUCAGCAGAUGCAGGAAAAGGGAUACAACAGGGACUAGCAGCAGUGUCGCUAAGGAGCUGCAGCAGGCAUAUCAGAAGGCCAGGGAGGACAACAAAUGGAUAUGAUACCAAGCCGCAGACCUGCCACUUUUACUACGUGUGUCAUGCUGCAUGCUAUACUCAGCAGAGACAUCACCCCCAACCCUCACAGCAGCAUGGAUACCUUCAAGGAGCCGGAGUCACAGAUGCCUGCUGUGAACAGGGAGGAGGAGAAUGGGAGACAGGUGACCAGGGGAUCCUGGUACACAGCAAGCCAGGACCUGUUUUUGACCCCACUGCAGUCUAGCCAGUUCACCAGUCAAGCCCAAUCAGCUGCCAUUGCAGCAUGUAAGGUCUCCCCCUUCACACCCACAGAUCACCCAAGUCAGAUAAGGAGGAGAAAGAAGAGGACUUGGGAUGACAAGUUCAGUGAGAUCCUGAAAGCCAGUGCAACAUUGGACCGUGAGCACAGGGCCUGCAGGGUGAACAUUGCAGGCAGCUUGGAGAAAGAAAGAGUGGACAGGAGAAAGAAAGGCUCAGGAGUCCCAACAAGAAAAGCAGAGGGAGAUGCACGAAGACAUAAUGGGGCUUCUCAGGCAGCAAACACAAAUGCUAUAGAUCCUGGGCUUGCUUCCUUCUGCAGCCCAUUGAGAACUCAAUAUCGGGACCUCCCUACAUCCCCCACACACACACAUUUUGUGGGGCAUCAGAGAUUGUUGCAUUACCCUUAACCCUCCACCCCAGGGGAAAUUAAAGACAAACUGAGCUUCAGAUACAGCAACCGUGGCUUUCACAGGUUAGCGUAUGUAUAGCUGAAAUAGAUAUGAAUGUUUUCCCUGUUGUAAUUUCUGUUUUCUUAAUAAAAUUUACUAAAUUAAGUUUUUAA